AUGAGCAAUUCGACCUCAUUUGACCCUGCCAACUGCACAUACGCUACCUGCUCCGUCGCAGAGUAUGGGCAAUUGACCUAUAUCCCUUCCCUGCCCGGCAAUGCAUUCUACCUCGCCAUAUUCGCAGCCGCCGCCAUUGCACAACUCGUCUUGGGCAUCACCUACCGCACAUGGUCCUUCACAAUCGGCAUGCUAUGUGGCUGCGCUCUCGAGAUCUUGGGCUACGUCGCCCGCAUCCAACUGCACUACAACGACUUUGACAACAACCAUUUCAUCGUGUACCUCGUCGGCUUGACCAUCGGGCCCGCGUUCUUCUCUGGCUCGAUAUACCUUUGCCUGGCACGGAUCAUUGCCGUGUACGGGACCGGGGUGUGCGUGCUCAGUCCCCGGACGAUCACGGUGGUGUUUGUGUGUGCGGACUUCUGCUCGCUUGUGCUGCAAGCCGCGGGAGGGGCGCUGACGAGCUUGGCCAUCUCGGAAAGUCUGGUCCAGGCCGGGAUCAAUAUCAUGAUCGCAGGGCUGGCGUUGCAGGUUGCGAGUACGACGGUGUUCUGUGCGGUUUGUCUGCAGAUCGUGGCGAGGGUGUUUAUGAGGCCGGAAUCUGUUCGUCGAGAUACGGCUGGGUUGGCGGUAAGACAGACCGGCAGGUUUCGAUAUUUUUUGUGGGGUAUUGCGAUUGCUACCAUUGCCAUCCUGGUGCGCUGCUCUUUCAGGGUUGCGGAGCUGAGUAAGGGCUUUGGCAGUGAUUUGGCGAACAACCAGGUCCUUUUCAUGGUUCUGGACGGCGCGAUGAUGUCUGUUGCUGUGCUGGUGUUGACGGGUGGGCAUCCUGGUCCUGCCCUGGGAAGGGAGGUGUGGAGAGAGGGCGGGAUCACUCUGUGUGGCAACAAGUCGAGAAAGACGCGCCGGAUGCGUGUGGACAGCGAACCUCGUGCAACGGAAUUGAGGGCGACCAUGAGGAAGUGA